AAAUUUCGGAGUUGGGGUUUGGCUGUUUAUCCUCCUGAGGCCGAACACACUCGUGCUUCUGCAGUACUCUUCCUACCGGUCCGUCGCGAACUUCCAGAAAAACAUAAACAUCAUUCAGAUUACGAUUGGAGAGAGAGACACACAAAGUAAAUUUUGAGAAAGAAAGAGCACGAGAGGGAGAGUUGCAGAAGGAAGAAAAAGAAAAUGUCAAAGAAGAAAGCUUUUAGUGGUUCAACUAUGACCCUCAAAGAUUUUCAUGGCGGUUCAAUCCCUUCUGACCUUCCUCUUCCUUCAGCUCCUGGAGCAACAGUUACAAGGCCUUCAUCAGAUCGUGGUGGUUAUGAUCAACAGGCACCAUGGGGAAAUCCAAUGAAUCGAUCUGAUCACCGCUUACGCCCAGGAUCUUCUGGUACUAACCGAAAUUUUGAUGACAAAGCUUCAUUUUUAUCUCACCCUAUACACAUAGGGAGGAACUUUGAUGAGGACGAACGUAAACCGUUGGAUGGUAUAUCUCAUCCAAGAAGAACCAUUAGUGAUGAAGUUAUUCGAGCUCAACCAACUCGUCAUGAGAUAACCAAACUUGAUUCAGUGACAUCUGCAAAUUAUUCAGGACGACAGGUGUUUAAUAAUCCAAUGCCUCAAUCCACAAGUGGUGGAAUUCAUUCUUACAGGUAUGGUGAAUCCAAUCCUGUAGGUGGGAAUAAUCAAAUGCUUGGUGGCAAUAAUAGUAAUCAAGGUGUUCCAAAUGCUUGGGGUGUUAGAAAGGAAGUAGGUGGUGCCAAUGAGCAAGUUCAUUCUUCUAGCUGGUCUGAGCAAAGUGCCAUCUCAAAAUUCGCCCAGGCUAGUGCAUUAGAUAAGGUAUCUAGAUGGCAAAACAAGCCAGUUCCCCAGUUUCAUCAUCACCAUAACCAACAACCAGAUGUCGAAGUUAUACAUUAUGCCGAACCUGAGAGAUAUAGUGGUUUGAAUACAAUGAUUGAGAGAAGGGGUAAUGAAGCUAGGUUUGAUAAUAGUGUAAAAGAGUUGCCAAAUUCAGAGAGGGCAAGGUCUCCUAUAUACCCAGAAGCAAAGGAGAGCAGUUCUCCACUUUAUCAGGAUAUGCUUCGACCUGUUUCAACUGAUGGGAAAUAUUCUGGUGUCCCCAAAUUGCAGCCACCAGUAUCUGAAGAAGUAUCAGAGAGGCGUAAAUUGAAGCUUCUUCCAAGAUCAAAGCCUUUGGAGGUUUUGGAACCUUCUAUUGCGGAGCAUAAGAUGGGAUACCAACAGGUAAAUGACCCUGGUCAUGGAGCAGCUGUUGCUGAGUUGCAUGGGAAUACAAAUGUUCCUAAACUUGGUUUAGCUGGAAAUGAGGGAGGGGGUCCAUCUGUGGAGCGACCAAAGUUGCAUCUGAAGCACCGGUCUCAGAUUGCUGAACAAGUGGAAGAAACUGCUGCAAAAGAAAGGAAAUCAGUGUUUGGUGGUGCUCGUCCUCGAGAACUGGUUCUUAGAGAGCGUGGAGUAGACGAUGUAGUUAUCAGCAACCUUGAAUCAAUUCAAUCACCCAACAGGGUCAAGCCGGAGGUUCACAAGAUUGAAACCAAGGCAGAACCUGCACGUUUUGGUGAAAGGUCAGAGAAUGUGCAUGUUGAUCACAGAGCAGCAAAGGAUCCUGAGAGGAAAGAUAACCGAGGCGAUAACCAUAAAACUGAUACCCAGAAGAGUUCUUGGCGUAAAGAGAGUUGGAGAAAUGGUAAUAAAGCGACUGAAAAGCAGCAGCAGCAAGAACCAAGGCCUGAGCCUGAGACCUGGCGGAAGCCUGUAGAGCAAUCUAAUCCUGCUCCAUCUGAUGGUCUUCGAUAUGGAAAAGCAGCUUCUGCUUUGGAACUUGCCCAAGCAUUCUCAAGGUCGGUGUCCACAAAUCCAAAGAUACCUGAUCGUAUUUCUAGCCAGAAGGGCAUGGCUGGUCAGCCUCAAAUUCCAUUUUCGCGACUAACAGCAACUACAACAACAACAGCAACACGAGAGAUUUAUUCAGGGAGAACACCGAGGCGUCAGAUUAACGGAUACUGAAAUGAUCCGAGUGUUACUAGUAAUAGGUUCGUGACUGUCUUCAGUUUAAAUGUUUUCAUUGGAUUGAUGCAGCUAAACAAUUUUUUUUUUUUUUUUUUUAUGGAAAGCAGAAAUGUCAAUGCAGAGUUAGAGUUUACAUGUGGAGAGUCUAGACCCAGUGUGAUGGAUAAGCUUCCAACUGACUGAACCUUAUUAUUGCUGACUAGCCAACCUCCUGGUUACCACAAGGUCCACACCUUUUUUUCGUACACAUAACAUGCAAGUUUCAA